UUGGUUUUUAUGUUUGAAUUUGCAAUUAUUAAACGUGCGAUUUUGGAGAAUGCCAAUUGAAUUCAUUCCAACUUGCAUAAAAAGAAUUUUUUAAAGUGCAUUUGCUAAGUGCAUUCACAACGAAUGAUUGUUUCGAUGAUUUUAUAUAGUUCUUUUUAUCAAAUGAUCUUGAAUUUGAACUAUUUAUACUAAUACAUGCAUAUAAUAUUAAAAGUAAAGAAGAGAAGAAAGCGGCGAAGAAAUAAAGAUAUUUCAGGAAAAUUUAUUGCUAACUUGGCAGUAUGCAAUUUGACAUUAGUUUUAUCAAGCAGUCCAGUUGAUAUUGCUGAAAUAGAAAUGGGAUAUUUUCCAUUUGGAAGCAUAGGUUGUCACAUUUUGCAUCCUUUAUCAACAAUAGCUGUUAUAUCAAUGUCUUUAGCUUUAAUACUUUUGGCACUGGAACGUUUUGUAGCAGUUCUUUAUCCGUUUAAAUAUUUUAAACUUCAAAAAUUUCAAUUAGGAGUGGUUGUUAUAUCUCAUUUGAUUUCCUUUAGCAUUGUAUUUCCGUACGGUUGGACUUUACAUAUAGUUAUUAUAAAUGGCCAACCCUAUUGUAAAGAAUCUUGGUCCGAAAAAAGUAGCUCAUUAUAUUCAAUAAUUUUGUUUGCUGUUGAAUACGGAAUACCGCUGCCUAUAAUUUGCGUUUUAUAUUUCAUGAUAUGGAAAAAAUUGAACAGUAAUAACCGCGCUAAAAUUAAGCGCUCAUUCAAUAGUUUUCUAUCGUAUUCUGAAAACGAAACUGCACAAACUGACGAUGGACAAAAGCAAAACUUUUUUAGCGUAAGAAAAUUUUCUUGUAUUACAGAAUGUGAAAAAGUAUUCCGAGAGCGAACAAAACACACAUUAGCUUUGUUAAGACUUUUUAUUGCUAUUGUAGUUGUUUUUGCAAUAUUCAUGUUGCCAAACCAAAUUACUUGGUUGUAUGUUGCUUCAACCGGGAUACAAGUAAACAAUGAAUGGACAACAGUUGCAUAUUGGUUGACAUAUACGAGUUCUGUUUUAAACCCAGUUAUAUACGGAACCAAUCAAAAAUUUCCUAAACUUAUUCACAAACUUCAAAGAUCGUUCAGUCGUCACACAUUCAGAUAAAUAGCAUUAUUUUUAAUUGUUAUUUUUAUAUGAUGUAAAUUUAUUAUAAUCAUUAUCAUUACUGUACGUUUUAAUGAAGGCAGUAGGACUUAAUAAAAUGCAUUUAAUAAACUAAAUA